CGUUUGACGUCCAAAUGUAAACAUAAAGAGUGAUAUCAUGAAAGUUUCUCUCCAUGCAUUGGGACUUUUUCUUCUUCUCCUGACCCACUCAGCUGCUGAUAAUCAUGCAAAUAUCCCUGAAAAUUGGGUGGAGCCUCAUGCUUGGGGAUCCGUGCAGAAAGUGGGCGGAAAGCCACGUGAAAUCCCACAGGAACCUGCGUUAAUUGGUGGCAGUUGCCCAAGAGAUGAGGCUCAUCUAUUUUACACAAAGCUGGUGAAUUUCCUCUUCGACCGGUCGAAGUUGCGAGAGAAUCCAGACGGAGACAAACUCACUAGAACUCUCCAUUUACAUCUAACACCUGACCUUCUGCAGAGGCUGAAGGAAGCUAAGACUGCCAGGGAGAUUGAUAGUGCAGUGUUUGAGGUGAUUGAGAUGUCCAGGGAGGGAAAGAUUGAACAAGUGAAGGAGAUUGUAAUCUCUGUGGCGGAUGUCAUCACGUUCUAUUUAAAAGAAAUCCAAAAUUCUGACACACUGUUAUUCUUUGCUUUGAUUGUGGUAACCCUUACCUUUGUUUGGUGUGUGAGCCGAAGAUUUAAGAGGAACAUCGUUCUGGUUUUCAUCCUGACAAUUGUCCUUAUCAGUUACUUCCUGACUUAUCUGGAUUGCAAUAAGCGCCUGGAGAUCAAGAAACUCAUGGAACUGAAUGGACAGAACGAGAAGAAUCCGUGCGAAGUGAAUAAAUCCUACUUUUAUUUUUUCUCGUACAAGUUCUCUAAAGAUGAUUGUUUCGAGCAUUUAAUGAAAACUUAUGGACCUCAGAGGAGUAUUUGUGCUCCCACAGAAGUCUUUCUGCAAUUCUUCAGCCAUCUGGCCAUGACACAAUUCAUCACACUCGUCCAGGAAUCUAACACAGUUCUCAAGGAUAUUUUCAUGAAUUAUUCUUGGACAGAACGAUUACUCGCUCUGUCUUUUGUCGUUGGUCUUUGCUAUGUUAUCGUACUUCCCGUAUUCACAACCAUCCUUCAAUACAGCUUGCCGACUGUCAUUAGGAGUAUCAAUGAACAUGGAGAAGGGGAAAAUCCGAGACAGAAUUCCCGAAAUCCACCAGCAAUUCAAGACUCUGAUCAUUUGGUACUUUCCGGGGAGAGUGUGCAGAGGCUCCUCACCAUAUUGACCCAGAAUGCUUCUGUGACGGUAAGAGAUGCUGAAAAUGUUCUUCAGGCAGAAAUUGGGAAUCGUAUUGAGGAACUUUCUGAACCUGAGAACACUCAAGAAGGCGCCAAAAAAGAAACAUUGGCGGAAAUUGAGCUAAAAACAGAAAAGUCAGAUGAUUGUGAUGCCACCACAUCAUCAUCUAUAUCUAUCUAAUAUCUAAUUUUACUCUUCAAUGUGCACUUUGUAAUUUAUACACGAAAUAAUUUUCAAUAAAUUUUUACCUGUUACGAA